UCUAGUGCGACGCAAAAUGCAAUUGUUCGUUUCACUUUUCUCGAUAUGGGUGACGGUGAUCUCGGGGGCCCGUUUGGAGGGCUCCUACCUUCCGCCCAGUAGCGCCCCGAGCGCGGGGGGCAGCGGCGCUUUCUUAUCGGCCCCCCCGGUCACCCUUUUCGGCGGUUCCAGUGCGUUUCAAGCUAGAGCGUUUACCUCUACGGGUCCCGCCAAUUCUUACAUCCCACCCCCAUCCGGCCCGGUGCCGGCGUCUUACAGCACCUCGUCUUCUGGUCAAUACGGCGGUUUCAGCUCCGGACAGCCCCAGCUCAGGAUUCUCAGGCUGGACAACCAAAAUCUGGGAGACGGCGCGUACAGAUUCGAGUACGAAACGGAGAAUCAAAUAAGUCAGAGCGAAACCGGUGAGUUGAAAAACAGCGGGACCGAGCAUCAGUCCAGCAUCGUCCGUGGGUCUUACUCCUAUGUAUCUCCUGACGGUCAGCACAUCACUGUCAACUACAUAGCAGACGAGAACGGAUUCAGACCCGAAGGUGCUCAUUUGCCUACGCCGCCGCCGAUUCCUGAAGCGAUCCGGAAAUCCCUGGAGAUCAACGCUUCGGCUGGCUAUCCUCAUCGCGAUGAGUCUGAAGAUGCUUACGAUGGAGUGGUGGUCAAUAGCAGACAGUAUCUAGCACCCAGAAUCAGCCAGGGAGGCGAGGGUGGUUAUAGAUAUUAACCACGGCAUGUUGCAUAGUUUGCGACGCAAUUUCUGGCUUUUGUUACAAGGAUUGUUUUGGUGUACAAGUACAUUUUUUGAGUAACAUACAACAAAUAAUAAAGCAGCGCUCUUGGCAUAUUUUUCUACGUUUAUGUUAACGUUUAGUGUUAUUAAUGUAAUUAAUUAAUGUAAUCAGUUAAGGCUUGCCUUGUAAAUAAAUGUAAAUAUAAUACAUACAAAAUAAAUACAAUAAUAUUGUGAUUACUUUUUUGUGUAUUUUAUGCAAAUUUUACGCCAUGUUUCAAUUUGCGAUUAUUUACGAAUUUAUGAAAAGAUAAGUGUCUAAAAUAUUUAGGAACACUCUUCAUAAAUUACAAUGAAUGUAAUCCUACAUUCUUUAUUGUCAUCGUAAAAAGCAAUCCCCAUAAUGCAAAUGUUUCCUUCCUUUCCUUUGUUCAAAAA